AUGUCGUGGAAAGCGCGUAAUGUGGAAAGGAUUUCCCCUUUCCGGAGGUGUUUGUGGAUUGGCAGCCUGUUGCUGUUGGGAACCGUCCGGGGGCCAACACUGGCUGAGGGGAAAGCAACGGUGGAGCAAAUGAUGAAAUCGGGUGAAAUGAUACGGUCCGUUUGCUUGGGAAAGACGAAAGUUUCCGAGGAGCUGGCGAACGGAUUGCGCGAGUCGAAGUUCGCGGACGUUAAGGAGCUUAAGUGUUACGUGAACUGCGUGAUGGAAAUGAUGCAAACGAUGAAGAAAGGAAAGCUUAACUAUGACGCAUCGGUGAAACAAAUCGACACAAUCAUGCCGGACGAGCUGGCGGGACCGAUGCGGGCAGCGCUCGACAUCUGUCGGAAUGCGGCGGACGGUAUUAAGAACAAUUGCGAUGCAGCAUACGCCAUGCUUCAGUGCCUUUCGAAAAACAAUCCUAAAUUUAUUUUUCCCUAG